UGUUUCUCACGCUGUGGGAGGAACCAGGAAUGCUGCCAGCUGGUGACAGAGGCAGUGCUCCACUGACACACAACAGCCGCAGCCAGCGAGACACGCAGGAAGAAAAGUAGCGCAGUCAAACGCCCAGUCGACAUGCCUCAGUACUCAGACCUGGAGAAGGCCAUUAACACGCUGGUCACCCAGUUCCACUCUGCUUCAGCUGACAAUGGUCCAACGCUGAAAACUGAUGAAUUCAAAGGUCUUUUGUCCUCCCAGCUGCCUAACCUGGUCAAGGGGAUUGGCACAGACCAGGGACUGGGUGAGAUCCUGCGGAAGAUGGGUGUAGGUGAUGGCGAGGGCAUCUCUUUCAAGCAUUUCUGGAACUUAAUCCAGUCAUUAGCCACCACGCAGCACAGCUUUCUCAGCAACCAGAAGGGCUCCUCAUGCAGCUGCAUCCUCCUGUAAAGAGCAGGCUCUCAGCUCAACACAUCAGCAAGCUCUGAGUUUCAACCCUGGAAUUAAACUAAAAAAAGUAAAAAUAUGUACAUCAGUCUCCCAAUCAGGUGUCGGACAGAAUACAAAGGUGCACAGUCUAGUCUGCACAUAGCAAGCUGUUCCCAAUAUUUUGGACUGAAAUCUUACAGGUUUAAAUGGUUUAGUUUCCACAUCAUCCAUCUGCCAGUAUACUGUCCAGUAUCCUUUGCACCAGUUAAAGUUCAAUUCAGAGUAGUUUGUAUUUCUCACAUUGCCAAGUCUAUGCAUUGGUAUAUUUUUUAUUUUUAUAGGUCCAAGAAUCAAACUACAAUUUGCUCUAGCUUACAAUAAAAUAAUCAAAUCAUCCUCAUCCUUAGUACCAGAUAACAUCUAUUUGUGGCCAUUUGGAGAUCAUGAAUGAAUAAUAAUUUUGUUGAACAUGCUGCACAUGUUAAUUUUUCUUAGGUUCCUGUUACUGGGCUGAACAAUCUAACUUGUGUAGCAUGUCAUUAUCCACAGAAGGCAAAGGUUAGGUUAGCUCAAACUCAAAAGUGAUAUGUGGUAAAAUUUAAAAUUUCAAUUAAAAAAUUUAAAAUAUCAUCUGUGAGCUGGGAGGAGAUUUGGGGAGUGUCAGUACCAUUAGUAUAAUCGGGGGUAGCAAGUCACAGUGACGCAGCUAAACAGAGACACAGCUUCUGCAUCAAACUGAUCACAUGUAACAGCAUCAACAUCACACUCUUAAGGCUUCAGCAUGCAUGAAAUGCACCAGGUCUUAACUACAUGUCAGUCAUAUAAACAUGCCUCAGAAGAGGUGAAAAGGUGCUUAUUCGAUUAUCUAACAGUGUCUUGAACCCCCCUGUCCAUACACCCAUACCUUUCCAACAUCAGAAUCUGGGACAAUCACAGUCAUCAGUCAGCUGUGUGGGAAAUUGACUACCUGCCUGUGUAUAACACGGGUCAAUUCAUGAGACAGCUGUCACCCUGCUUCUCACUGUCAGCAUAGACUCCAGUCUUCAGUGUAGUGCCAAAUACUUAAUAGAUAAACUUGACAAUAAUUUAUCAGAUAAAAGUUGAGUUCCACCUCUCUGUCUGAUCAUCUGCAUGCUGGCUUUCUCUUUUAUCACCCAUGUGCAUUUUAUUUCUCUAUCUCACUCUUCUCUUUUUUGGUUGGUCAGUUAAAUGAUAUUUAAACAUAUGUAUCAUUUCCUUCAAUUCCUUGUAACAACACCAGUUUACCUUCAGACACUAUUAGAUGAUCUAACAGUUACAUUGUUGGAAGCCUUAACACUAACUUUGAAUUUUACUGGUGCAAAAGGCUGCUGGGCAUUAUCACAGUCAGUCAUUAAGACACUUUGCAUUACUUGCUCUAAUUUUGUCUUAUAUUUUUAUAUUAAGUUUAAUGGUGAUUUAUGGUGCCUUCAGAGUUUCCAUCACUAGUGACAGUAGGAUGAAUGUCCCACUGUUGUGGUAUUCAAAACUUCACAUUUUCCAACAGCUCAAAGCUCACAUGAUGUGACAAGUGCUGACAGUUUUGAAAACUAGUUGGUUGACUCCAUCAAAUGAAAGCAUAAUCUUAAAAUGGAGAAGAUACAGUAUCAUUCACCAGUUUAGAAAUGGGAAUGAGAACGGAGUCUUACGGUGUCUAUUUUUUUUCUCACUUGCCUAGCAACCUCAUCAUCUCACAAGUUAACCACUUAAAUUCAAAGCAUAUUGUUUAUAUAGUCGUAUAGUGUAGUCAACUUUGCAUGUCAGAAAUGCCAACUCAUGAAUAUUUUGAAGCUACUUCAGUGUGUGAGCAUGUUUCAUCAAACAGAAUCAAGGCCAGAUCAUGAGAAGUAUAGAGGGAGAACUACAGUUUAGCUUUCAGAAGCUUUGAAACAUCUGGAUAGAAUUUUCUUCCACUGUGCAGAGCUGACUCCAGAAUAAAUUAUUACUGCAAUUCUUAGUUCACAGUAUCUGUUAUGAUGUUAGCAAUGACAGUUUACACAGUAACUUCCAGUGUAAAACCUUGUCUGAAUUUUUAAGUAUAUGAUACUAAUCACCUCAAUUAGAUCUCAUGUGCAGUAACAAAACACUAAAUUAUAGUUUACAUUCUAAAUGUCAGUGUGUUAAAUCAGACAGAAAAAAACAUAUCAAAAUGUGUCCUUUAUAGUCCCUUUAUGUUUCUACUAGUAAUGCUUCAUCCUAUGUGAUUCUGCAUUUUCUAUGUAUUUAUAUUUUGUAAGUCUCUGUAUUCUGACCUUUGUGACACCAUAAGAAAAUGAUGUAAUAAACAUAUAAAGGAAUAACCAAUA